AUGAAGGCCACUGCCAUCUGCUCUCUUCUCCUGGCUGUCGGCUCUGCUAUAGCUGCCCCUGCUAAACGGACUGAGCAAGCCAUUACUAUCAGCGGCCUCAGUGCCUUUCAAACCAACCAGCAGGGAUAUAUCACCUUCACCCUGAAAGACCCCAACUACGACGACUCCACCGGCGCUAAUGUAAUCUGGCGUCGUCCCGGAAGCCCCGUUGCCGGCGCUCGCACCAGCGACGGUGCCUACUAUGUGAAUUUCCCAGGUGGCGUGAACGACAUUGCGGUCUUUACUCUGGGGGUGCAGCGGGUCAAGGGCACCGAAGCAGUCUCUGUCACUCUCAAUGACAAUGGAAAUGGCAGUGCCCCGGGCACCAAGUGGUCGUGCACCUCGACCAAUGACUCCGUUGAGGGGAUACUUGAGAAGUGUACCUACGAUGGCGACAUCACUUUGACUCCUUUCGAUUCCUGA